AUGACGUCCAACGCUCGUUUGACAGUUACACCACAACAUGCCAGCUCCGGCGGCGGCGACGGCGACGCCACCAGCAGCGGCGAUCCGAAUCCACCAGCUUCACAGCCUAACGAUUCGGCCCGAGCCACCCCUCGCCCUACGGCGGCAAGCGAUGCUUCACUGCAGCUCGAUGCUCGCAAUGACGAGGCAUUCCUGCAAACACAAACACGCACGUCCGGAGCUCCGGCAGAUCCUACUUCCGCUGCUGUCGUUGCACGAGAUUACGCCGACCAACAACGGCCAGAUCAAGGACCCUGCAUGAAUCAUGGUCUCGCCGACGGCCUUUCCCUUAACGACCAGUCGAUCUCUACAGAAACAGAUGCCGCCCAAGAAGCGCACGUUUCUUCUCCUUCACUUCCCAACUCCGCUGCACGCUCUUCCUUACGUCAAGACGACCUUGCGGUAUCCUCGGCUGUUGCACUUCCAUCUGACGCGCCGACAGAAUCGUCCUCGGCGCAUGACUCCCUUCCCAGUCGCUCCGAACGUCCUUCUUCACCAUCGCACUCCCAAAAGCAGCAGGCUGCACACCCACCCGUCUCCGAAGAUCCUCAAAACCGAAACGGUGGUAGCGACUUCAUUCCCGUAGACGACUCUUCUGAUAUAGACGCUUCCUCAGACCGAGACCCACUAGACUCCCCACAUCGCAACAGCGGCCAAGAAGAUCCUUCCUCCCUCUCGGCCAGCUUCCUCUCCCAGCUCGACAACGAUCCACGCACGCCCACGGCACGCUACUCCUUCGACGACCACCAAGACUACUUUCAUCGUCUCGAGUGGGAAGCGCUCCAACAGAAGGAGCGCAGAUCACCAUCCCCGUCCGCUGGAUCAUCCGUCGACAUGGCUUCUCGUAGCAGCAGCAACCGGCAAGGUGCGGCGGAUGCUUCCGCACCCGAGACGGCGGCAGUGGCGACCACUUCCUCCUCCUCGUCUUCGCUCAACCGCACCUCGACAUCCUCCGCCGAGACUGUGCACGGCGAUCAGAAUCCCUCUCGACCCGGCAUCGCACCACUGGCUAGCGCCGCACAGCCCAAGAAGAGCGUCACAACCAGGAAGCGCUCCAACUCGGCCGACGAUAGCACUGCAACCUACGGCAGCUUUGGCAACGGUCGCUUCAUGGUUCGUCCGCGCCAUGCCCACCCCGGCCCACCUCCACCCGCCAAGAUGAUGCUCAACAUGCGCAGCCCUCAGCCUUGGGACAAGCACAAUGCUCAGCGACCGGGCUCUUCUAGUGGACGUCCGCGCUCCAACAGUCGAUCCGACGACCCUGUCGGCUGGGCGCAAAGGGCAACCUUCAGCGCCUUUGCCGAUGGCGGAAUCCCCGGUACCAGCUUUCCUCAUCCCGGUGUUCUGGCUCCCGCUGGAACGCAGCUCGCUGGUGAGUCCAGGACGUCUGCCGAUGGCGACUUUGUGAAUACCGUCCAGCCGUGGGAUUCGCCUCGUGCGCCUAGACGCUCGUUGACCGUGACAGCAGGCUCAGAUGUUUUAUCAAGAUCGAGACACGCCCAAACGGCUGCACCUGCUGCUGUGGUACCAGUGCCACUCACAGGAGGCAGACCACGCCUCUCGACAAGUCAGUCGGUCGAUGCUGCCGAUCUGCCAAGCACUGCUGCGCAAGUUCAGGGUCUAGCAGCAGACAACGCAGACGUUCAAUCACGACGACGCACGUCAUACGACGACGGCGAUGGCCAAGACGCCAACACCAUUCCAGAGGAUGCCGAUGACGACGACGAUGAUCAACAGGGAAAAGGCAAGGAGUCUAAGCCGAAAAGACCCCUGAAAGAGCGCGCCAGGUCCGCCGUCUCCAACAUCCGUCUCUCCUCCAACUACUUUGCACUCUACAAAGCCGCCGACCGCACCGAUAUCACGCUCCUCGUCGUAGGCAUCAUCGCUGCCAUCGGCUCUGGUGUUCCUCUGCCACUCAUCGGUAUCCUGUUCGGACAGCUCAUUGACGGUUUCAAUUCCACCGGAUGUAACACUGGCAGCGGCCGUCCCUCGAAUCCUGGCGCCUUCAUCUCCUCGGUCGACGACAAGGUGGAAAAGAUCGCCAUCAUCGCCGCCGUCAACUUCUUCCUCAUCUGGACCUACACCACCUGCUGGUCCAACCUCGGCGAGCGUCUCGUCCGCAAGAUGCGUCAGCGCUACCUUCGCUCCGUGCUUCGUCAAGACAUGGCCUUCUUCGACAAGCUCCAGCCCGGCGAGGUGGGCACGCGUCUCUCGGCCGACCUUUUGACCAUCCAGAACGGCACCAGCGAAAAGAUGGGCAUCCUCAUCUCAAGUCUCUCCUACUUUGUCACGAGUUACAUCGUGGCCUUCAUCAAACUGCCCAAGCUCGCUGGGCAGCUCGUGUCCUUGUUGCCGGCGUUUGCGAUCGUCAGCGUGCUGGGCUCCAAGUUUGUGGCCAAGGCGCAGAAGAACACGUCGACGCAUCUGUCACAUGCUUCCAGCUUGGCUGCCGAAGCGUUGAACAAUCUGCCCGUGGUGCAGGCGUUCGGAUCGCAGCCGAGGUUGUCCAACAUCUAUCAGAGCCAUCUGGAACUGGCAAGGAAGCAAGGUACGCUCAAGGCGCUUGCCGCUGCUUGCGUGUUGGGCAGCUUGUUCUUUGUCGGCUACUCGGCGAAUGCGUUGGCUUUCUUUUCCGGUUCCAACCUCAUCGCAGCAUCGGGAAAUCCAAGCACGGUGGGAUCGGUGUACACUGUCAUCUUUUUGCUGCUGGAUGCGUCGUUCAUCGUCGGUCAGAUCGCACCUUAUCUGCAGACUUUCUCGGCAGCCAGCGGUGCAGGAGAGGCGCUGCGCGAGACGAUCGACAAGAGCUCGUCCAUCGACGGUACCGACACCAAGAAGGGCAUCACGCCUCGGCCAGGUGACGUCAAAGACAUCGCCAUCGAAAUUUCGGAUGUCGAGUUCACCUAUCCGGCUCGACCGGACGAAAAGGCGCUCGAUGGGCUCAGCAUUUCUGUCCCAGCUGGCCACCGUGUCGCCCUCGUCGGUCUUUCAGGGUCCGGCAAAUCGACGGUAGCAUCUUUGCUGCAGCGCUUCUACGAUCCCACCGCUGGCCGGGUGACGCUCAACGGCACUGAUUUGCGCGACUACAACGUCCGUUGGCUGCGAUCUCAGAUCGGCGUCGUAGGGCAGGAACCCGUGCUGUUCGAUUGUUCCAUCAUGCAGUCCAUCGCCCACGGUCUGGUCGGCUCCCCCGCUCACUCUCAUCUCCAUUCCACCGUGCUCGCCUACUCCCAGGUCGGCCAGGAGAAAACCGGCACCGAUCUGCAUCAAGUGCUCACAACACAGGAACAGCUCGAACAGCUCGAAGAGAUCAAAUCGCUCUGCAUUCGAGCUGCCAAGCUCGCCGGCGCUCAUUCCUUCAUCGAACGCCUCCCGCAGGGCUACGACAGCCAAGUCGGCGAGUCGGGUGGCAAGCUGAGUGGUGGUCAGAAGCAACGCAUCUCCAUCGCUAGGGCGAUCGUCAAACAGCCCAAGUUGCUGAUCUUGGACGAAGCGACCGCGGCGUUGGACUCGCAUUCGGAGCAUGCGGUGUCCAAGGCGCUGGACAGCAUCUCGGAAGGUGUCACAACCAUCGCGAUCGCGCAUAGGCUGGCGACGAUUCGUAACUACGAUCAGAUCGUGGUCAUGGGCGCAGGCAAGGUGUUGGAGAAGGGGACGCACAAGCAGCUGCUUGCGCAGAGAGGCUAUUACUACAAGUUGGCGGCUGCGCAGGAUACUGGUGCUUCGAAAGCGGAUGACCAAGACGCUGGUGACGACGCCUCGACUAGCGGUGACGAGACGGACGAGGAGACCGAGGAGCAUGACGCUUCGCAGCAGCAGCAGCAGCAGCAAGAGCAAAAUCGAGGCCGAAGAAGGAUGGACAAUGUAGCGGAAGGAGACGAGACGGAGGAUGCAGCUGGCGGCGACUCUGCGUCGCCUUCGCGUGGCUCGAACCAGUCGACGUUGGCGCGUCGCAGCAGCGUAGGCGCUUCUCCCGGCAAAGGUCGCGCCGAUCUGGCGGAAGACGGCAACGACGACGACGAUGACCAGAACCAAACCGAAAAGCAAGCUACCGAAGCACAGCUGGAACAAGCCGCUCGUCGCUACCCUCCUCGCGUGAUCCUCAAACGCAUCCUCUGGAUCCUUCGCCGCGAAUGGCCCUACAUCCUCGUAGGUCUGUUCACUAGCGCUAUUAUGGGCGGCUCCUAUUCCGGCGAAGCUGUGCUGUUCGGACACGUCAUCGAAGCUCUCAACCCGCAAUGCCGGGGCGCAGACGGCGUCCGUGCAUCGGGUCGGCAGUUUGGUCUCUACUUUUUCAUCCUCGCGCUGAUCCAGUUCUUCGCCUACUCGAUCAACGGUCUCGUAUGGGGCCUCGUCGCCGAGCGUCUCCUGUUCCGUCUGCGUCGCGUCUCCUUCGAUACCAUGAUGGAUCAGCGUCUCACGUGGUACGAGGCGCAGGACAAGAACCCGGCCAGCAUGAUCGCUUCGCUCUCGAACGACGCCAACAACCUCGGCGGUGUCACGGGAACGGUGAUCGGCACCAUCUUUUGCAUCCUCGUCAACCUCAUUGCCGGUAUCUCGGUGUCGCUCGCCAUCGCCUGGCGUAUCGCGAUCGUCAUUCUGGCUCUCGUGCCCAUCAUCCUGGCCGCCGGAUACCAACGUCUCAAGGUGCUCGCUGAUUUCCAGAAGCGUCACGAGACAGCCUACAUCAAGUCGAACUCGCUCGCCAUCGAGGCUGUGCAGUGCAUCAAGACGGUCGCCAGCUUGGGGAGGGAGGAGGAUGUGAUGCUCAAGUUCGAACGCUCGCUCGAAAAGCCGUACCGGGAGAGCAUGCGACACUUUUUGUUCGGGAAUGUGUUCUUGGCGCUGGCGUUGAGCAUCAGCUACUUUAUCUACGCAUUCGCGUACUGGUGGGGCAGUCAGAACAUCGCCGAGGGGAGGUACUCGCAGACGGCGUUCUUCAUCGUGCUCCCGGCGCUGCUGUUUUCGGCGCAGGCGAGUGGACAGCUUUUGGCGUUCGCACCGGAUUUCAGCAAGGCGCACGUGUCGGCGGCCAACUUUUUCCGCUUGAUGGAUCAGCGGCCGAGGCAGGUCGAGAGGAAGAGGCAGAUCGAGAGGGAGAGGGCGGAGGCCAAGUCGAACAGGAAGGCGCGCAAGGCGGUGCCGAACAAGGAGGAGGAUGUGGAAGAAGGUGUCGAUGCUGCGGAGGCGGAUGCGGUGGAGAAGAAGGGUCCUUCGACGAUCCAGUUCGACAACGUGUCGUUUACGUAUCCGACACGAGACGAUCCUGCGCUCAAGAAUGUCUCGCUGACGAUCCCUGGUGGAUGUUUCGCCGCGUUCGUCGGACAGUCGGGUUCGGGCAAGACGACAGCCAUGUCGCUCAUCGAAAACUUCUACACUCCCAACUCGGGCACCGUCACCGUCGACGGUCUGCGAACCGAUCGUACUUCCGAUCAGAUCUUGCGCAGGGACAUCGCCAUCGUCCCACAAGAACCGGUCAUCUUCUACGGCACCGUUCGCUUCAACGUUCUCCUCGGACUCCGUCCCGAUCUCCACCCUCCAUCCCCUCCCUCUGCGUCGCCACGCAAACGACGAAACCGUCACCUCACACCGCUCGAAGAGGAAGCGGCAGCCGAAGACGACUCCCUCCUCGCACCCUACACCCCGGACACGUCCUGGUCUGACAUCGACGACGAGAUCAUCGUCUCCGCCUGCAAAGCCGCUGGAAUCCACGAGACCAUCCUGCGCUUCAAGAAUGGGUACGACACGCUCAUCUCGUCGAGCCAGCUGAGCGGUGGUCAGAAGCAACGUCUGUCGAUCGCCCGUGCGCUGAUCCGAAAACCGCGCCUGCUGCUGCUGGAUGAGAGCACGAGCGCGCUGGAUAGCGAGAGCGAACAGGCGUUCCAACAGACGCUGGCGAAGAUUAGGGAGGACGGAGAGUGUACGAUUCUCGCCAUCGCGCAUAGGAUGAGGACCAUCAAGGAUGCCGAUGUCAUCUUCUUGUUCGAAGGGGGUGAGGUGGAGGCCAAGGGUGGGUAUAAGGAGUUGAUGGGCAGGAGUGAUAAGUUCAAGGCUAUGGUGAGCUAUCAGAGUCUGAACUAG